GCGGAGAUUUAAACUGAAUCCCCGGAAGGAGGACUAUAUGCGUGCUGGCAGCCGAGAGAGGAGGACUGAGCGACCGCACUGUCUGCUGCUACCUACCGAUAUCCUGACACCCAUACCCCGCGAUACUGAUACCGAUAUCCUGACACCCAUACCCCGCGAUACCGAUAUCCUGACAGCGAUACCCCGCUAUACUGAUACAAUGUCUCUCCGCGUUACCAGGAAUAUGCUGUCCAACACAGAAAACAAUGUAAAAGCCCCCAUUGGCAAGAGGGUUUUGGCAGCCAAGCCAGGCCUGAGGCCUCGUACUGCACUCUGUGACAUUGGUAACAAGGCAGAACCCAAGGUGCAACUUAAAAAGGAACUGAAGCCUGCAGCAAAAAUUGUCAAGAAGCCCAAGCCUGUGGAAAAAGUGCCAGAACCAGUGAAAGUGAUGCCAGAAAUUGCUUGUCUCCCUGUUCCUGAGCAGGCUGAGCCAAGUUCUCCCAGCCCAAUGGAGACCUCUGGGUGUAUUCCUGAGCAGCUGUGCCAAGCUUUCUCAGAUGUCCUCAUUGAAGUAAAGGAUGUGGAUGUAGAUGAUGAGGGUAAUCCUAUGCUCUGCAGUGAAUACGUUAAGGACAUCUACAACUAUCUCAGGAGCCUAGAGGUCUCGCUAUGCAUCAAGCCAAACUACCUGCAAGGACAGGAAAUCACAGGAAACAUGCGGGCUAUACUAAUCGACUGGCUGGUCCAGGUUCAGAUGAAGUUUCGCUUGCUGCAGGAGACUAUGUUUAUGACUGUUGGUAUCAUUGAUCGCUUCUUGCAGGAGAGCCCUGUUCCUAAAAGCCAGCUGCAGCUUGUAGGGGUGACAGCAAUGUUCCUUGCUGCAAAGUAUGAAGAGAUGUAUCCACCUGAGAUUGGAGACUUCACCUUUGUGACAGAUCACACCUACACAAAGGCACAGAUCAGAGAUAUGGAGAUGAACAUUCUGCGUGUGCUCAAUUUUGCCAUUGGACGUCCUCUACCACUGCACUUCCUCAGGAGGGCUUCCAAAAUUGGAGAGGUUACUGCUGAGCAACACAACCUGGCCAAAUAUCUAAUGGAGCUGGUGAUGGUGGAUUAUGAAAUGAUGCACUACCCACCUUCUCAGAUCGCUGCUGCGGCUUCUUGCUUUGCUCUAAGGGUUCUCAGCGCAGGUGACUGGACUCCAACUCUACAGCACUACAUGCAAUACUCUGAAGAAUCCCUCAUCCCAGUCAUGCAGCACAUGGCUAAAAAUGUUGUCAAAGUGAACAAAGGACUGACAAAACACCUGACUGUAAAGAACAAGUACGCCAGCAGCAAACAGAUGAAGAUCAGCACCAUUCCUCAGCUGAGAUCUGACACUGUUGUAAAUAUGGCAAAGCCUGUUGUGUAAUGAAGAUCACCUUCUCUAUUUUGUAUAGAUUGUAAUGGCUCGGCACCAUGUGCUUCUGUAAAUAUGUUUUAAUGUGUGCUUUUAAUAAAGAC